CCCGGGCCGGCUUCUCCCGUACUAGUUGCUACCUUAUCACGUGAUAAUGAAGUCGUUCUCAGCCUCAGUAAGGCCGCGGCGGACCAGAGUAGGUCCACUUUUGAAAGCAACCAAAUGAACAUGCAUCGCGGCGUCGGUCUCGCUGCUUUCGACAAAGAACAGCUAUCAAAGCGUUUUGCAGAACUAUCUUCAGAGCUCUCGAAAACUCAGGUCGAUAAUCUACAGUCACAACUAACACAAUUCCGAACUGCCCUUUCGCACUUCGCAGCGACACACAGAGAUUCAAUUCGUAGCGAUCCAGCGUUUCGUCAUGCAUUUCAGCAAAUGUGCUCGUCGAUUGGCGUGGACCCGCUCGCUGGACCAAGGAAGGGUGGCUGGUGGGCAGAAAUGCUUGGGAUGGGCGAUUGGCAGCAUGAGCUGGGAGUUCAGAUAGUAGACGUGUGCGUAAGCACAAGGGAGAGAAACGGGGGCGUGAUAGAAAUGGGGGAGCUUGUACGUAUGGUCAGCAAGCUGCGUGGCGUCGAGAGUGGUGUCAUUACAGAGGAAGAUGUUAUAAGAAGCAUCAAGACGCUUCAACCGCUCGGCGCUGGAUACGAAGUGCUUGACGUUGGUGGUGGAAAGAAGAUGGUGAGAAGCGUGGUCAAGGAACUAGAUGCAGAUCAGGCUGUGAUUCUUGCGGAAGCACAAGUAGAAGGAGGAUGGAUUGUUGAAGCAAUCCUGGAGAACCGUCGAGGAUGGACGGGAGAACGUGCUCGAGCUGCUCUGGAGAACAUGCUUCUUCGAGAUGGCCUUUGCUGGCUGGAUUCUCAAGACGAGCACUAUGGGCAAGCCUAUUGGAUUCCGUCUGCCAUGCGUUGGGACGAGUAAUUCUAUUGCUCACCAAGGUGGAAAGUUCAAUUGCAAUUGAGUCGGGUAACCCCUUGAUCAGAGGCUCGAUCCUCGAUAUCCGUACUACCGCCCCCUACAUUUCCAUCGAAAGGACGCGGAGUAUAUUCGGCGUAGAAGCAUGCACUCGUGA